CCUUAUAAACCACCAAUUCCUUACCCUCAGAGAUUAGCUAAAUCAAAAACCGAAGCGCAAUUUAAAAGAUUUGUAGAACUUCUGAAACAAUUAAACAUAACCAUACCGUUUACAGAAGCCAUAACUGAAAUGCCUUCAUACGAUAACGAAACUGUAACGCUUACCGCUGAAUGUAGCGCUAUCAUCCAAAAUAACAUGCCUCCAAAACUGAAAGAUCCUGGUAGUUUCUCUAUACCCUGCAUAAUAGGAAAAACCAUCAUAGAGAAAGCCCUGUGCGAUUUAGGAGCCAGUGUUAGUUUGAUGCCUCUUUCAACCUGUAAGAAACUAAAUCUGGGUGAGCUUAAAGCAACGAGAAUGUCUCUUCAAUUAGCUGACCGUUCAGUCAAAUACCCUGUAGGAAUAUUAGAAAAUAUCCCUGUUCGUGUAGGUCAAUUCUACAUCCCAACUGAUUUCAUCAUUAUGGAUAUCCAAGAAGAUUCUAACAUCCCGAUCAUAUUAGGAAGACCCUUCUUAGCAACCGCUGGUGCAAUCAUAGAUGUCAAGCGAGGAAAGCUUACUUUCGAAGUAGGAGAAGAGAAAAUAGAAUUUAUACUCUCCCAAUUCCUAAAAGCACCCUCUAUAAUUGACACAUGCUGC